AUGACUUCACAAACCCAAAAUGCAACUACCAGCAGCUGCAAUGAAGCUAAUUAUGACUACAGCGAUUUCUACCAGAACUACACAUAUCCACAGAGCUUCUGCUGGUAUAAUGAGGACAGCAUUGACACCUUGACAUGGAUAAUUGUUUGUGUCAGCCUUCCUUUGACCCCACUGGCCAUCUUUUUACUUUGUAUGCAGGGGCGAAAUGAUCACAUCGGUCAAAUCUAUGUCAUCAGUCUUCACAUUGCUGACCUUGUUCAGCUCUUCUGUAUGGUCGUUCACAUGUCAGGUGUCAAGGACUUCCUCACACGGAUAAUAUUCUUUUAUUUUAUCUACCCUUGUGGUGUGAUGGCCAGUGUUGGCUUCAUGGUGUGUCUCUCCAUGGAAAGGUAUUUGGUUGUUGCCCACCCACUGUGGUACCAACACAGACGAACGAACAAGAUCACUGUGGUGGUCUGUGUCUCAGUCUGGAUCAUUUCUGUUUUUGUUGGCCUCUUAAAUGCAAACAUUUUUGGUGCCUUGCUCAUCAUUCCCCUUCCUCUUCUCUUUUUCUUCCUUAUUCGAACUAUUAAAGCUGUGUCUGCAUCCAGUGUCCCCUCUGAUGAAAAACGAAGAAUUGUGGCAGUUUUGGUGCUGGUGGUGCUUAUUUACAUAUUGGUGUUUGUGCCCAGAAUCAAAAUGGAAUGUUUCUAUCAGGCGCCUACUAUAGACUAUAACACAUUCUUAUUGGUGUCUAACAUUACCUGCAGUUUAAUUCAGUUGAAUCCCCUUUUAGACUUGAUUUUGUACUUUUUCAUUAAGAAAUCGAUCGUAAACAAGCUUUUGAGCUGUCUGUAUUGUUGCAAAGUGGACAACGACAAUAUCAGAACUUCAGUGACACCAACAUGAAAUCAGAAGGA